UCCCCGUGCCAACAGGGAUGCAUACUCUGGCAUGGACACUCCAGGGUCCAAACGCAAGCUUUACAGUGCUGUGCCAGGACGACACUAUGUGGUGGUCAAGUCUUACCAACCACAGGGCGAGGGAGAAAUCGCUUUGUAUAAGAACGACAGGGUCAAAGUUCUCAGUAUUGGAGAAGGUGGAUUCUGGGAAGGCAGUGCCCGAGGGAAUGUAGGCUGGUUCCCAGCCGAAUGCGUGGAAGAGAUCCCAAGCAAACCCAACGAGGACAGGCCCUAUGCCCGGGCAGACCGAUCGGAGAGAAGGAAGCUCUUUCGACACUACACUGUGGGAUCUUAUGACAGUUUUGAUGCAUCAAGCGACUGCGUUAUCAACGAAAAGACGGUCGUGCUGCAGAAGAAGGAUAACGAGGGAUUCGGGUUCGUGUUGAGAGGGGCGAAAGCGGAUACUCCCAUUGAGGAGUUCACUCCGACCCCGGCGUUCCCUGCUUUGCAGUAUCUGGAGUCUGUGGAUGAGGGAGGGGUGGCAUGGAAAGCUGGCUUGAGGACUGGAGACUUCCUCAUCGAGGUGAACCAGGACAAUGUCGUCAAAGUGGGCCACAAACAAGUGGUCAACAUGAUCCGUCACGGUGGCAACCACUUAAUCAUCAAAGUGGUGACGGUCAGUCGAAAUCUAGACCCUGAUGACACGGCUCGAAAGAAAGGUAAACGUCUUGAUUUAUUCAGGAUUUCUUGACCAUCUGGGCUAUAAUGGAACAUGUUAAUCGUAUGAUUGAAAAUUACGCAAACAAAACUCCUUUCAUGUAAUUCUAACCAUUGCUUUCCCAUAAUGCUAAUAGUACUAGUUUUUUAUUUUACUAACACUACUAAUUUAGUUCUUUUGAGUCCUCCUCUCUCAUUUAUUAUUUAAAAUGAGAAUGGGCAAACCUCGGCAUGAGUUAAUGUUGUAUACAAUGCUUCCCCAUGGGGAUGCUACAGCCCAUGGCUAAGCAUCUACUGUACCUGCUGUGUGUUAUUUUUAUUUUUUUUUGGUUUUUGCUAUAGCGGCCACC